GACGGAAGCGGAAUGCGGGCGAGGCCGUUUUAGUGAUUGCGGCGGGUAAUGGGGGGAUCGCCGCCAUGUCGUGAGUGAGUGGUCUCGGUGACGUGCGAGGCAAACAGGCAAGCGAACCCGUCGCCCCGGCCCCGUCUCUGCCGUCCGUUGUGGGUCGGUAACUUCGGCUGGCCUCGGACUACAUGCCGCUUGUUUUACCCGGGCUGGAGACCGGGGAAGCUACGGUAGUGUCACAAGAUGAGGGCCGAUCGAGAAAGCGUCUGAUUACGGUGCACACUGGCGGCUUCAGACUUUUUACGUGCAAAUAAUAAAAUUGUAUACUGUUGUCUAUUUUGUGUUAGGUAUAAUAAUAAUAAUAAUCGUGAUUUGUUUUGUGAGUUACAUCCAAAAUUUAUCACCUAGUAAUUACAGUUUUAUGAGGUCGAAUUAAAGUUCAUGAAUGACGUAUUUUGUAAUCAUAUUCAAGGCUUCAUGUAACAGCAUUGCAUGAUUACAUGCCGAUUUCAUCGUGACAAUGGUCUCUAAAAAAAAGCGGCCCCUAACCCUUGAAGCAGAAGGAACAGAAUCUGCGAGCAAGAAGAUGCGAUUGAGUGAUGGUGCAAGCACAAGCCACAGUGUUACCUCAGUAGCUAAUAAGUCUUCCAGGAGCAGCAUAGCUGGGUCACGGGGCAGAAAGUCACAAGAUGCAAGAGACACCAUUAUCAAAACUGAAGUUUAUGAUGUUGACGAUGAUGACGAUGAUGGUAACGAUGAUGCAGGCCAGACACAUCACACAAAUCAGUCAAAUGUUGAUAUUCCUGACUGGCCAGAAGCAGAUUUGAUGGAGCUCGUGAAGCGUAUAGAGAAAGAGAUUCCUCAGAAAGAUAGCCUUCGGUUUGAUUCCCGUGCCGACAAGCUCAAUUGGGAUAAUGUCAGCUUUGCAAGUUACACAGCAGAGGACUGUAAAGAUAUGUGGGGGAAGAUUCAGAAGAGGUUGCGAAGAUUUAGGUUAUUGCGGGAAAUGCUUGAAGAUGCAAAGGCUUGGGUUUCAAAACCGUGGACCAACUUCUAUCGCAGUCAGAAACAGAACCGUCACCCUGAUUUGCCCAGACGACCUCUCUCAACAUAUAUGCUCUUCUACAUGGAGAAAAAAGACAAAGUUGCUAGAGAAAACCCUGGAUUGGAGAUGACAGCUGUUUCAAAGUGCAUAGCUGAGAUGUACAAAAACUUACCAGCAAAGAAGAAGCAGAAGUACGUUGACAUGGCAGCUGCUCAGAGAAGGGAGUAUGAUCAGAAAUUGGAAGAAUUCUACCGGGAACAUCCAAACCUAAUUCCAAAGCCAGUGCCUUCCAAAGAUCACAAGCCAGGAGCAGCAGUUGAUACGGGACCACGGAAACCAUCAACACCUUUCAAGCUGUUCUAUACAAGCAAGGAAAACAGGCAUAAGAAUGACCCAGACUUUGACCGAACAGAGUUAAUGGAGAGGUGUAAGGAGCAGUGGCGGAAUAUGAGUGACAAGAAGAAGGUAGUUUGGAUCAACUGGGCACUGGAAGAUGAGACCAGAUACCAGGAGGAGCUGAAGGUGUAUAUGUCUGAGAACCCAGAAUUUGUUCCCACAAGUGUAAAGACUGUUUUAACCAAGGAAGAGAAGAAUCUCAAGGAAAGGGUGGCAGGCAAACCUGAAAAACCCCCAAACUCCGGAUACAGUUUGUUCUCACGCAUCAUGUUGGUGAGCCCUGAAAUAAAGCAAGUGGCUGCAAAGGAACGUAUGAGCCAGAUCUCCAAGCUGUGGAAAUCUAUGACGGAGGGUGAAAAGAAGAAGUACCAGGAACAAGUGAACCAUAUGCUAGAUCAGUAUAAAUUGGAGUAUGCAACAUACCUAGAGUCACUGCCAGAGGAUAAGCGACAGGAAGAACUGCAAAAUAAUCAACCUAAACGCAAACCAGCCAAAUCCAAGGCAGUUUCAUACCAGUCAACCACCAAGAGCAGUAAGGAUACAAAGAAGAAAUUACGUGAAGUAUCUGAAGAAAAACCAUUAUAUAAAGGAGAACCAGAACCUCCACCUGUGAAUGCUUAUCAACUGUUCCUAAAAACAUUCAUGACAGAUGCAUCACACAUUGACCCAGAAUACCGAGAGAAGGAAGCUCCAAGGUAUUGGCAGAUGCUCCCUGAGGCAGAUAAGGCAAAGCAUCGAAGACGACUGAAUGACAUCAAGCAAAAGUACAUCAGGGAUUACGAGAAGUUCCUGAAGAGCUUGUCACAAGAGCAACUGAAAGACUACUCUCUGCAGAAAGCAAGCUUGAAGAAGGAAGAGGAGGACAGUUCUGAUGAUUCAGAUUCUGAAGAUGACAAUGAUGAUGACAGUAGUGCAGACAGUAAAGAUGGUAAUUCAGAAAACCAGCAGGGAUCAGGUUCUGAUGAUGACGACUCUUCAUCAGAUAGUGGUAGUGACUCAAAUAACUCCAGUGAAUCAAGUGACACAGGAGACAACAAUGAGAAUAAUGAUUCUGGUGAUUCAUCAUCAAGUGAUUCAGAUUCUGACUGAGUAUUUUUUAACUCGGCGGACAAGUUGAGUAGAUAAAUGCCAACUCACAACUGAAAAACAAAUGUAAUUGAUGUAUUAAUGAGAGGGGAACACAGCUUUAUUACAAAAUUUUACUACCUAUAUGAGGAUUAUCACUUUGGGUUACUGUGAUUUACUUCCACCAGAAUUUAAAAGUUCUGAUGUCAUGACAUGCAUUCAAGAUCAUGAACCUGUGCACACAUCAAUAGUUCAGUCAGUGAUCUGGUUUAAGGUCCAUAAGGGCUUCAUUUUGAUGUGUUAUGUUUUAUUCUGUUUAAUAACUAGUGAUACAAUUUGGCUCAAGUCCCUGCCUCCAGUAAGGGUUCUGAAAUGCUUUUUGGCAGUUUCUUUGAUUUUAUUUCAUUGUAUUCUGUAAUUAAUCUUCCCAAUAUAGGCAUACUAUUCACUGUUUGAGGAAGGUUCUAGAUCACAACCCUGGCUUCAUUUACACUUCACUGUCAGUACAUUCUUUAUUAUUAUUAUUAUUAUUAUUGGGUUUAUCACAUUUUCUGAUAGCUUUUUAUGUAUAUAUAUGUGUGUGUGUGUGUGUGGUAUCUUGCAGCAUUUUUUUGUAAUACAAAAGUGUUCUUGUGAAUAUAUAGACUCAUUAUUUAUCUGCUGAUAUAAAUAUAAUUUUUAUAGUUCUCAUCAAAUAUUUUGGGGGUUUCGCAACCUUUCACUUCCAACCCCAAGUCUACUUCUUGACAAGAUAAUGUGACUCUGAAAAAACUGUGACCAUCACUUAUUUUCAGUUUGUUUUUUAUAGCUACCAGUGUACCAUGUUCCUGGGAAAUGAUUUGUAGAGCAAAAUAUUGUACGUUGACUUUUCUUCCCUAUACAGAACAUUAAAAAUGAGUGUUAAAUUC